UUAUUCCUCUGCCUGCUCUUCGUUGUCAUUGUCAUUGUCUUGUUCCUGCUCGUGGCUUUCUUUCUGAUCGGUCUGGUUCUCCCCUCCUGGCGUGUCUCUGAUGUAGAAGGUGUUGGUCUGAAGCGCCUCUGAGAGCAGGGGAGGCAAACACUUCUCCAUCUGUGGUGGGAUGUGCAGUCGGGAGGGGGCAGAGCAGGCAGACAGACAGACAGACAGACAGACGGCAACACAUGUGCGUGUGUUGGUGGAAUGAAUGAAUGCUACGCUUGUGCGUGCAUAGCAUAUGCCCACGCACCGAUCUGUUGAGCUUGUCAUUGUCGCCCUGUGCGCUCUUCAUCAGAGACCUCAGCAGAAGGGACACCUCGUUGUCACCUGCACACACACACACACACACAAGCCGCUCACACACCAUUCUAGCACCCACCAGGCAGGGACCCACUUGCAUCCUGAUAGAAAGCUUUCAGCCUCUUGGUGAGAGACAUCUCAAGCCGCUCCUGCUUCAGAUGCUCAUAUUGCCGCCUGAUGGUGUCAGCUGAGAACUGUUCGAACGCCUCUGGGAAUAGCAGGGCAUGCAGACGGACAACUCGCUGCACGAGAGACAACACAUCCGGGCAGCCAAUGAGAAAGCCGAGGUGCACAUGACAUGGCUCCACAUUUCCUUCUUCCCUGUCUUACUCUCCUUUCUGCAGGGUCAGGGAAGGCUUGUCUCAGUGCACUUGCCGCACCAGCCACUGCGUCGAGAGAUGGCUCCGGAUAUAUCUGUAGACAGACAAUCCGCUCACGGUCAUUCUUGUGGUGCAUGUCUCUUGAGCGUCUCAUCCACCGCCUUGAGCUGCAGCUGCAAGUUGCUCGUCUCGUGCCGCUGCCUCUCUUCCUCACACAAAUGCGCGAGAGCAGACCUGCAGAGAUCAUGACGGAGUGUGAGGACAUCGACGUGCAUCACGCAUGCGUCUUCUGGGUACAUACCUGAUGGCAGCAGGGUCGACUUGCUCGAUUUUCGACGGCAAGAUCCUUUGCGCAUUCCUGAGUAGCUUCUUCAACUCGAUAGAGGUGAAAUCCUUGAGCUGGUCGAAGACUUCGUUGGUGAGUGCGUUGAGCUGGUCAGUAGGGGUGAAUGGGUACACCGUCUCCCGCAUCAGACACACAAACUGGCCCUUCAACACACGCCUGUCGUCCUUCCGUUGCAAAUAAGCGAACAGACCUUCAGACACCGACAAGCAAUCGCCAUGAGGGCAGGAGGAUUGUCUGGGCGUCUCCAUCCAUCCGGCCAUGUACCUUGUCUGCCUUUGCCAUAGUGCUGCUCCAGUGACUGCUUUAAUGGUGCCCCAUCGAGGUUCAAAUCCACAAGACUUGUCAGCCUGCCCAACUCGCGAGGCAGAUUCUGACCUCGCAUCGAGAGAACACCACAUGCGUGUCUCCGAGCGUGUGUGUGAUGGACCACCUGUAUGAGUGUGUUUCUGAGGUCGAGGGUCUUGAGCAUGAUGCAGAGGCUGAGGGCCUCGGGCACGACAUACAGGGGGUUGUCGUUCAGGAACAGAGACUGCACUGAUGUCAGCCGCCCAAUCUGUACACAUGUACACAGAGACGCACACAUGCACAAGAUCCACCAAUUCCCGAUCGAUGUCUGUGUUCAUUCAUUGCAUGUCUCUACUCUUGCAUCAAGCUUCCUAAUGUUGUUGAAGCCCUGCAAAAACCGUACCAGCAAACACAGGUACGUACGUCGUACACAAUCAUCGAUCCUGAUCGAAUGAAGGCAUACAUAUGUACAUAUAUUGUCAUAUAUACCAAGUCCAGUCUGAUAAGCGCCGUCAGUGACCAAAGGACUGGAGGCAGAGAAUCAGAGAGGUUGCAGUGGCUGAGAUGCAGACACUUGCUCGGAGGCCGGGAGCCAUCGGUGCGAACCGACGCAAGACCUGCACGGACAGAGAGAGGCGUCCCGGACACAUUGCAUCGCAACAUGUGAUUCGCUUACGUGCGCUUGUCUCGGGCGAUGCUGCCAU